AUGAGCUGCUUCACUUUUCUUGAAAAAUUCAUUCUCUCAAGAUGCUACCCACCCACACCUUCUAAUGAGCCUACACUGGUUGAGGUAGAAAGGCCUUCACAGCUAGAUUCAUCACAAAUGCCGAGCGAGGCUCCUAAGCCUAUAGAAAAGAAGCCGAACAAAAAAGAAUCGGAUGUGGACGAAUUGUUAAAAGAAAUUGAGCCGACCUAUACAGCUCCUAAAAAAGUGGACUAUGUGGUCAUGACUAGCAAGCAACCUGAAAACAAUCCUAAAAGAGGAACUAGGUUUGAUAUGGAAGAAGCAGAUUUCGGCAGCUGGGGAGAAACAGAAGAGUUUAAAUUCGACUAA